UAUUUCACGAGGGAAAGAUUUUCUAGUAGGCCAAGGAAAAAUGGAAACCAAAAAAUUGAUACUUGUGGCACUAACUGUUUUUCUGGCAAUCUCAGCAACUGUCAGAACUGAUUACAUUAGACCUCAACCUCGUAAAACUUUGAAUCUUCCAUGGAAUCCAAAGAACCCUUCUCAGCCGCAGCAGGUACACAUAUCAUUGGCAGGAGAGAAACAUAUGCGAAUCUCAUGGGUCACUGAAGAUAAAUCCACUCUUUCAAUUGUUGAAUAUGGAACGUCACCUGGACGAUACACCUUUUCAGCUGAAGGAGAGGCCACCUCUUAUAGUUACCUGUUCUACAGGUCAGGCAAGAUACACCACACUGUCAUUGGGCCUUUGGAAGAUGAUACUGUUUAUUUUUAUCGUUGUGGAGGAAAAGGUCCAGAGUUUAAGCUAAAGACUUCUCCAGCACAAUUUCCUGUCACUUUUGCUGUGGCUGGGGAUUUGGGUCAAACUGGCUGGACUAAAACAACGCUGGAUCACAUUGACCAAUGCAAAUAUAACAUAUAUCUGCUUCCUGGGGACCUUUCAUAUGCCGAUUACAUGCAGCAUCUCUGGGACACCUUUGGUGAGCUGGUGCAGCCACUUGCGAGUGCCAGACCAUGGAUGGUAACUGAAGGCAACCAUGAAAGGGAGAAGAUACCACUAUUUACAGAUGCAUUUCAGUCCUAUAAUGCAAGAUGGAAAAUGCCCUUUGAGGAAAGUGGAUCAAACUCGAAUCUUUAUUAUUCUUUUGAAGUUGCAGGUGUCCAUGUUAUCAUGCUUGGUUCAUAUACAGAUUAUGAUGAGCUUUCAGAUCAAUAUAGCUGGUUGAAGGCUGAUCUUUCAAAGGUGGACCGAAAUAAGACACCCUGGUUAGUUGUGUUAUUCCAUGUUCCAUGGUACAAUAGUAACUAUGCUCAUCAAAGGGAAGGGGAUGAAAUGAUGGUGGCCAUGGAACCAUUGCUUUAUGCUGCUGGUGUUGAUUUGGUACUUGCUGGUCAUGUGCAUGCUUAUGAGCGCACUAAACGUGUUAACAAUGGAAAAUCAGAUCCUUGUGGCUCUGUUCAUAUUACUGUUGGAGAUGGAGGCAACAGGGAAGGUUUAGCUCAAAAGUACCGACACCCACAACCUGAGUGGUCAUUGUUCCGUGAAGCAAGCUUUGGUCAUGGUGAGCUCAUGAUAGUGAAUUCAACUCAUGCAUUUUGGAGCUGGCACCGGAAUGAUGAUGAUGAACCUGUGAGGUCUGAUCAGGUUUGGAUAACCUCUCUCGUCAGUUCUGGAUGUCUUGCAGAAAAGAAUUAUGAAUACAGGAAAAGUCUCAUGUCUUCCUAAAAUGGUAAAGCCUUUAUGGUCUGCUUCUGUCGAUCUGGGCUAAGUUUUUCUACAGAGUUUGAUGUAUAUAUUUGUGUGUUUGUGUCUAUAGAGGUUAGUAAAAUGCUUGUUCCCUUCAUGUAAUUGAGCAUAAUCAGGAGUGGAUCAAGACCAUUAUCAUUUGAAGUUUUCACUUGCAGUGUCCUACUUGUUAUAUGUAAAUCAGCCAUAGCUUGCAGCUUAUCAAUUAAAUUAAUCCCAUUAUAUUGAUGUUCCA